GUGUGUGUGUGUGUGUUUAAGUCACAUGGUCUGUAAAAGAGGAUGAGGGACAUUUAUAUAAAACCUGACUUCACUUUUCUCUGUAUCGCUGCAGAACUUCUACAGGAAGAGGAUGGAGGGUCGUCUGGUGGACAAGCUAAACAAACUGACUCUGGAUCAGCCAUGGAGGGCAAUAUUCUGGGGAGACAAACAGAGGGACCUUCAGUAUGUGCAGGAGUACAAGCCUGAAAAUGGGAAUGUCUCCCAUCUCAGAGUUCUUCUGUACGGACCUGUCGGAGCUGGAAAGUCAAGCUUCAUUAACUCCGUCAGCAAUGUCCUUCGGGGCAGGAUGACUAUUCCGACUUUGGCCAGUGCAACCACCUCUAACACCAGUUUCACCAGAAGAUAUGAAACUUUUAAAAUCAGAAAAGGAAAAGGAAACCCAAAGACAUUUUACCCUUUUGUCUUCAAUGACGUGAUGGGGCUGGAAGAGGGGUCAGACUCUGGAGUUCGUGCUGAAGACAUCAAACUGGCCAUGAAGGGAGGAGUGAGGGAAGGUUACAAGUUCAACCCUCUGUCUCCACUGUCAGAGCGCGAUCCCGGCUACAACCCAACGCCCUCUCCAGACGACAGGGUUCACAUCCUGGUUUGUGUGUUUUCUGCAAACUCAGCAGAAAUCAAGGGUUCAGUUCUGCAGAAGAUGAAGGCCAUCAGAGAGACAGCCAGCGAUCUGGCAAUUCCUCAGAUGGCGAUUGUGACCAACAUCGACGCAGCGUGUGCUGAGAUCGAGAAGGAUCUGAAGAACGUCUACAUGAGCAAACACCUGAAGAAAAAGAUGACUGACUUCAGCUCAGCAGUGGGAAUCCCAAUGAACUGCAUCUGUCCGGUGAAGAACUACAGCCAAGAAAUCCAGAUCAAUGACGAAGUGGACUCUCUGAUCGUGAGCGCUCUGAGACUCAUCAUCGACUUCGGAGACGACUUCAUCGACAACAUGCAGACCUCACCUGCAGGACAGUGAGGUGUGGGUGUUCAGUGUCAGGGCUGUUACUGCUGUUUGAUGAUGAAGUUCAUUCUGUGUCUUUAUUAAUCUGUAGAUAAACAGAUCAUACAGGUGAGGAAAGUAACACCUGCUCACAUCUACAUCUGUCUAUAUAUUGAAGGGAUAUGUUAUGUUUAAUACUGUAUGCUUUGUAUGAUUAAAAAGGCAAGUCAGCCUUAAACUGAUGAUUAUGAUUGUUUAUGAACAUUGUGACAUGUGAACAUUAAACAUUGUGAACCUGAUUGCCGUUUGAGAUUGCAGAAUGACGUACAGGGACAGACAAGAGUAGUAGACAGUACAAGUAUGACAUGUUUAGAUAACAGGUUCAGGUCAGAAUGGUGUGAGGAGAGAAGAGGUGGAGUGACCCUGUUACACAGAGAAUGUUUGUAUAAGAAUGAAUGUCUGAAACAAGAAAGUACUGCAUGCUGCUUAGACAGGCGAGACGAGAGCAGGGUGGUCCAGAGCUCUGUAAGCAAUCUCAAACUUAUAUGCUUGACUAUACUUUUAAUAAAUUAGACGUGUUGAACUUUA